GUUACCUACAAUUCCUUAUCUAUGUUUUGAGUUCAUCCAAUUCCAAACUAACACACCAACAACAGCCAUGUCUUCCUUUUCCACUCUCAGGAGAUCACCACCCUUCCUCACCCAACACUUCUCCAUCCAACGCUUCCAAAUCCACCACUCUUCAACCUCUUCUUCCACAUCGUCGCUGCUGAAAACCGCCAACCCGGUUCACCGAACCGGGUUCGGGCGAAAGUGGUUUCCAAGCGUCCUAGCUGGCACCAGUCUAGGGCUUCUUCUGUACUGCUUCUUUUUCUCUGCACUUAAUUCAGAGUUCGAUUCAGCUUUGCUUAAAACCUCACUCUCUUCUUUCGUUGACCGGUCAGCACCCACUUCUGAUGACCAAAACCGACGUCGUUCCUUGUUUGAUAAUUUUUCCCUCCCUGAAAGCACCGGCACCUUGCUAUUCGGAGAUGCGUUCAGGAGAAAGAUUUUCUUCAACUACGAGAAGCGCAUACGCUUGCGUAGUCCUCCUGAAAAGGUUUUUGAGUACUUUGCAUCUGAUCGCAGCUCAGAAGGAGAGCUAAUGAUGAAACCAGUGGAUCUAAUGAGGGCAGUGGUUCCUGUUUUUCCUCCAUCUGAGUCCCACCUUGUUAGAGAUGGAUACUUGAAAGGAGAAAGAAAUCCCGGCCAUUUGUGCUGUGAUCCUUCUGAAUUUUUCAUGCUUUUUGAUGUAAACAAUGAUGGACUUAUAUCUUUUAAAGAGUAUAUCUUUUUUGUAACACUACUCAGCAUCCCGGAAUCAAGCUUUUCAGUGGCAUUUAAAAUGUUUGAUGUGGACAACAGUGGGGAGAUAAGUAAGGAAGAAUUCAAGAAAGUGAUGGCAUUGAUGCGAUCUCGUCAUCGACAGGGUGUUCACCACAGGGAUGGACUGCGAAUUGGCCUAAAGGUGAAUGAUUCUGUGGAAAAUGGAGGCUUGGUGGAAUACUUUUUUGGUAAAGAUGGGAAUGAAUGCCUGCAGCAUGAUAAAUUCGUAAAAUUUUUGAGAGACUUGCAUGAUGAAAUUUUGAGGCUGGAGUUUGCACAUUAUGACUACAAAUCUCUAAAAUCCAUAUCAGCCAAGGACUUUGCUCUCUCCAUGGUUGCUUCUGCCGACAUGAGUCAUCUAGGCAGGUUGCUUGAACGGGUUGAUCAAUUGAAUGAUGAUCCACAUUUUAAGGAUGUACGCAUCACAUUUGAGGAUUUCAAAAGCUUUGCAGAGCUACGGAAAAAGUUAUUACCAUUCUCUUUGGCCCUUUUCAGUUUUGGUGAAGUAAAUGGCCUGUUAACGAGGGAUGAUUUUCAGCGAGCAGCAUCACAUGUGUGCAGCAUCUCUCUCUCAGACAAUGUAGUUGACAUUGUUUUCCAUUUGUUUGACACAAAUCGGGAUGGAAACCUAAGUUCAGAUGAGUUCAUCAGAGUGCUACACAGGCGUGAAAGGAACACUACACAACCAGUGGAGACAGGAAUACUAGGUUUAUUGUCUUGCUGCUGGAAUUGUACGGAUAACUUUUCUUCUUAACGUUUGUUUUCCUGGUAUACAGAAGAGUUACUUUGACAAACAUUUGAAAAUCAGACAUGACAUAACAGAGUGGGUUGGAGAGAGACAUAAAUGGUAAAGAAGAAAUGAAAGUACGAUAAAGGAAAAGAUGGGUAGAACUGUUGGUCUGUGACUCGGAGUUUCGGGUAAGAACUAAUUUUUUGUCAAACACAGGUCUUCCUGGUUUCACCUCACUUUGCAGUACCCUUGAAAGAAGAUGGGCACCGAAAUAAUCCACUUUUUGAUAGAUUUGAAAUGUCAAGUAUGUUUUAAAAUGAUCAAUGUGUGUCACUGUCAGUGAGGUGGUGGCGGCCUUGGUUCUAUUGGUUACCGACACACUAUGUGAGUAUUUGACUGUACCUUAAAUUUGUAAUUAGUAUUUAAUCACUCAUUCUGUUGUAAUCUUUGAAGCAUUUCAAUGGUAGUAUAUUUACACUAGUUUGUUCAUUCAUUAAUGCCUACAAUCGUUUGAUUAUGCAAUGUAUGAUUAUGUGUUAUUC